GACGCACGCGCGACCGAAUCCACCGGCAGCAACCGGUUCGUCACGUGACCAGCGUGCAAGCUCCUCGCUGCUGUCUCUGUCUCUCUCUCUCUCCCUCUCCCUCUUCUAUUUCCGCGUUCAAGCGCUGGUCCUUGAAUGCGCCUCCGCCGCGGCCGCUCCGCGUCCACCAGCUUUCAACGCCGCGAAACUGCGUCGCCGGUGCGGGUGAGAUCAACCGCGCGUCGUGGAGGGGUGGAGGGGGGAGACUCGCGCAAUCGCAUCGCCUGGACCCCGCGCGUCGCCGCGCCGCUGCAGCAGCAGCAGCAGCAUCAGGAGGACCAUCAUGCUCACGCGGGUGAAAUCGGCCGUGUCCAAUUUUAUGGGAGGCGUGAUGGCCGGCGGCUCCAACGGGGAUCACCCCGGCGGCUCCGAGCUGCCGCUGAAGUACCCGUACGGCAGACCGGAGUUCCUGGGACUGUCCGCGGACGAGAUCGAGUGCUCGGCGGAUCACAUCGCGAGACCGAUCCUCAUCCUGAAGGAGAGCAAGCGGCUGCCGUGGUCCACUGGCUACGCAGAGGUGAUCAAUGCCGGGAAAAGCACCUUGAAUGAGGACCAGGCCUGCUGUGAGGUGCUGGUGGUGAAGAGGAGACCAGCGGGCUGCUCCACGCCCAACCGGACCCCGACGACCCGCAGGAGGUCUUCCCUCCCCACCGGAGAGGGCCAAGGCCCCCGGGAGAGCCCGUCUCUUGAGGUUGAGGGAUCCCUCCAGGACAGCUCCGAGAGCCUCACCUUCCACUACUGGGCCAUGUUCGACGGCCACGCCGGCUCCGGGGCGGCCGUCGUGGCCUCCCGCCUGCUGCAUCACCACAUCGCCCUGCACCUUCAGGAGGUGAUGGAGAUCGUCUGCGGUCCGAACCUGCCGCCGCCCACGUGUUUCGGCGAGGAGCCGAUCAACCACCACCUGACCCCGACGUCCCAGCGCGCCCUCACCAGGGCCGCGUCGCUCCGCGGCGCCGCCGGCGCCCCCGGCUCGCCCAGCACCCCGCCCACGCGCUUCUUCGUCGAGAAGAAGGUUUCCCACGAGAGCCUGGUGGUCGGCGCCAUCGAGAACGCCUUCAAAGACAUGGACGUGCAGAUCGAGAAGGAGAAGGCCGUCUUCAACGUCUCGGGCGGCUGCACCGCUCUGGCCGUCGUCUUUUUGCUCGGGAAGCUCUAUGUCGGGAACGCCGGUGACAGCAGAGCCAUCAUCAUCCGGGCCGGGGAGGUCAUCCCCAUGUCGACAGAGUUCACGCCGGAGUCGGAGCGACAGCGGCUGCAGUUCCUGGCCUACAUGCAGCCCCACUUAUUAGGGAACGAGUUUACACAUCUGGAAUUCCCGAGGCGAGUCCAGAGGAAGGAGGUCGGGAAGAGGAUGCUGUACCGUGACUUCACCAUGUCGGGGUGGGCGUAUAAAACCAUCGAGGACGACGACCUGAAGUUUCCCCUGAUCUACGGCGAAGGGAAGAAGGCGCGUGUGUUGGCGACCAUCGGGGUCACCCGGGGUCUGGGGGACCACAACCUCAAAGUGCACGACUCCAACAUCUACAUCAAGCCCUUCCUGUCCUGCUGCCCCGAGGUCAAAGUGUACCCUCUGGCGGAGUGCGAGCACGGAGCCGAUGACGUUCUGGUGCUGGGAACCGACGGCCUGUGGGACGUGCUCUCUAACCAGGAAGUGGCCGAGGCGGUCGCCUCUUUCCUGGCCAACUGCGACGCCGACGACCAGCACAGGUACACGAUGGCGGCCCAGGACCUCGUGAUGAGAGCGCGGGGGGUGCUGAAGGAUCGGGGCUGGAGGAUCUCCAACGACCGGCUGGGCUCCGGAGACGACAUCUCCGUCUACAUCAUCCCCCUCGCGCACGGCAACAAGCAGGACUAGCGGGCGGCGGAGACACGACGACGAGGAGAAGUCCCACGCACCCCCCCCUCGUGCUCCAGUGUGGACCCCCUCCUCUGCUGAGGGAUCCAAGGUGUCUUUGGUCAGGAAUGGGAUAUAUUUUUUUGUGUGUGAUCAUCCUCAAAUCAGGGUGAUCUCUUUUUUUUGUGAAAAAUAAAAAUAGAGCCGUUGAAGAGUUGAACUACUACUUGGCUACGCCCCUCCUCCUCCUCCUCCUCCUCCUCCUCCUCCCCCCCCAAUCCAGAGGAAACCCCAUCAUGCCCCUUGCGAUGCCGUCCCAGGUUGAGAGCAGAGACUCAUGGGUGAGAGAUGGCGACGGGCAUCUCAUGCACACUAUUUAUAAAUGUGAAAAUGUAAAUACUCCAAGGUAUUUGAUAAGUGUGUCUGAGUAAACAUCUGUACAGUGUGAAAAAAAAAAAAAAACACUAACAUGAAGGACGCCCUGUGCGUAUGAAUCACACCGCCUGUCCCACGCAGAGCGUUUUAAUUGGCCGCGUCCAGUCGCCCGUCGACGAUACGUCAGCGGUUAAUCCCGAUGCUGCAUAUUUCUAUUAAUUUGCCAACGUCACGACUGAAGAGAAAUUCCAUUUUUUUUUUGAAAAUGAAGAAACGCAUUCAUGAAGAAAACCCGGAACCGGAGGAGCUCCGAGACCCCGGCUCUCGCCGUCGCGCUACAGGUAGCCUCUGGGGCUUUUCAUUCAGUUUUUAAAAGGUGGAAACAAAAGAAGUCUCGUUGCACUCAUUCCCCAUCAGCCAUCUACCUCAUCAUUUACUUCCUUUUUUUUAUCGGUUUACGCGUUACACGUUGUACUCUUCGAGCGGCUGUUUUUUCCGAUGCUACGUCGGGUGCAUCGGCGGCUGCUCCGUGUGACAAUAAUCAGUCGUGAUUUGCUCCGGCAACAUGUUUUUUUUGUUUGGGAAAAGCACUGAAGGAAAAAACAGCCUCACCGGAAGCUGUGUGCGAAUAGUGUACGAGAAAAUCUAUAUUUGUGUACGUAUUGUGGUCAAUAACUCAUUUGUCGUGCGAUCGCGCUUACCGUUUUUCUUAGCAACACUUGGAUAUAUUGUCCCUAUAAAGAUGAAAAACACGACCACCGCAGAAGAUUAAAUGUACAACGCUUA